UUCCUUCUCCCUUACCUCUACAAACCCAGAUCUGGUUUUUAUCACAUAAAUUAACGAUCUAAAGAAGUUAGUGAUGAUAAGAAAAUGAAGAUCGACCACCCACUUGGGACUGUCAAGUCCAAUGGCAUCCAGAAAGUUCUUGCACUUCGUGGAGAUCCGAGGGUUUGCGUAUGUCUGGUUCGCCUCAAUCGACGCUGUGUGCAGUGGGGAGUGGUUGUGGGUACAUGUAGUGGUCUAUCCGUGGUAGCCCUAAGUGUCAAUCGCGACUGCCCUCGCCGCCAAGAACUUGGGAUUUGCUGUAUGCGGCUGCGGGGAAAGUUGCUAGGUAAUUACUGAUUCUUUUCAUCUUCUGUUAAAUCUAAUCAGCGUUCCUUUCAAAUUCGAAAUCGGCAUCUCGCUUCUUUGCUUGUACCAACAACACCAAGUUGUCGUUAUGGUUCUGGACUCUGAAAACGACCUAUUGUUUCCUUAUUGGACCUCCGUUCACUGACGUUUUGGUCCUGACUCUUCUUUCUUUGCUACUGGCAACCUUGAGAGAAAACUUCUCGCCAAACAGGUUUUUUUCUUUUUAAUUUCCUUUUCAAUUAAUUUUAGAUGAUGCCGACUUUGACUUGAUUUAAUUUCCCUGCGAAUAAUUUGUUUUUGGAUCUUGAAUUUUUCUUGGUUUAGGUGCAAUGAAAUGGUUAUUGUGAU